AUGGUUCAUUACAAAUUGACCUAUUUCGAUGCUCGUGGAUUGGCUGAAACUGCUCGUCAACUAUUUGUUCUUGCCGACGUGGAAUUCGAGGAUAAUCGAUUAACAGUCGAAGAAUUUCAAAAACUGAAACCAACUCUUCCAUCUGGACAAGUACCGAUUCUCAGUGUCGAUGGAUUCGAGAUUUCUCAGUCUGCAGCAAUCUGGAGAUACUUGGCAAGAAAGUUUGGAUUAUCUGGAAAUACUCCAGAAGAAGAAGCAACUGCUGACUCAGUUGUUGAUCAUUUCAAAGAUUUUCUUGUUAGUUUCAAACAUUAUGGAGCCGGACUUUUCUUUGGAAAAUCGCAAGACGAAUUGGAUCGGGCACGCAAAGAGAUUGUUGAGCCAGCAGUUCAGGUGUAUUUCUCUGUUUUGAAGAAGUAUUUGGAGAAGAGUGGAACAGGAUAUCUUGUCGGAUCCAAGUUGACUUUUGCUGAUAUUGCAGUUGCCGAAAACUUGACAACACUGAAGAAUACAGAUUUCUUCAAACCAGAAGAAGAGACGACGCUGGCUUCUUUUCAUCAGAAAGUUCUAGAAACUCCUAAAUUGAAAGAAUAUUUGGAGAAGAGAAAGUUUUCAACUCUUUGA